CAGCCGCAGCGAGAGUGAAAACUGUGGAUUUAAAGACAAACACAAAGUUUAAAUGAUUAAUAAAUAAUUAAUAAUCACACAGCAGCAGCAGGACGGAGGAUUACAUCUACAACCGAGCAAUCAUGGGGAGGAAAAGUUCACUUCCUCACAAAUACGGUGAACCUCACAAGUUUGAUCCCACCUUCAGAGGACCAGUACACAAACGGCGCUGUACUGACGUGCUGUGCUGUGGGAUCUUCAUCCUGGUUGUUCUGGGUUACAUGGCUCUGGGUGCAGUGGCUUGGGUGUACGGGGACGCGAGGAAGGUGAUUUACCCCACAGACAGUCAUGGAGAGUUCUGUGGGCAGCUGGGAACUCCUAAUGCGAACAAACCCACGUUAUUUUACUUCAACAUUCUGCGCUGUGCCACCCCAGCCGUGCUCACCCACCUCCAGUGUCCCACAACCCAGUUGUGUGUUUCUAAUUGUCCGGACAGGUUCAUGAGUUAUGUGGAGAUGCAGAACCAGUACAGACAGAACUCCACUUACUGGGAUUAUUAUAAACAGUUCUGCAGACCCGGGUUCGACAAUCCUGACAAGUCGUUGCCUCUGGUCAUCAGAGAUGAAGAUUGCCCCCCCAUACUGAUCCCCAGCAGACCAUUUCUCCAGAGGUGCUUCCCAGAUUUCAUCACCAGAAACGGAACCCUGACGGUGGCCAACAGAACCAGUUACACCGACGCUCAGGGUCACGGCAGGAGCGCCAGAGAUCUGAGAGACGCCGCCAAUGGCAUCACCAGCCUGCUGAGUGCCAGGGAGGUGGGCAUCAAGAUCUUUGAGGACCUCGCCAGCUCGUGGCCCUGGAUACUAAUAGCACUGGUGGUUACCAUGGUGAUCAGUUUGAUCUUCAUCCUCUUGUUGAGACUGACGGCUGGAGUUUUGGUCUGGUUCAUGAUCUUUGGUGUCAUUGGUGCUGUGGCUUAUGGAGUGGUGCACUGUUUUUGGGAGUACUCCAGGCUGAAGGGCGACGCCCAUGCUGACGUCACCAUCUCUGAUCUGGGGUUUCAGAUGGACCUGAGUGUUUAUCUCCAGCUCAGCCAGACGUGGCUCGUCUUCAUGAUCUUUCUGGUUGUGAUGGAGCUGGUGAUUAUUCUGAUGUUGAUAUUUCUGAGGAGGAGAGUACGGAUCUCCAUCACUCUGCUGAAGGAGGGAAGCAGGGCGAUCGGAUAUGUUACAUCCACGUUAUUUUAUCCCGUCAUCACGUUCAUCCUGCUGGCGAUCUGUACGGCGUACUGGGUCACGACCUCUGUGUUUUUUGUCUCGCCCGGUGACGCCGUGUACAAAGUCAUGUCAACAGAAGCUUCAUGUAAAUACGCCAACAUCACCUGCGACCCACAGACGUUCCCCCAGUCGAACGUCUCUCGGCUCUGUCCGGGGUCUCAGUGCACGUUUGCCUUUUACGGCGGUGAGACGACGUUCCAUCGCUACCUGGGCGUCCUCCAGCUGUGUAACCUGCUCGUCGUCCUUUGGCUCAUCAACUUCAUCCUGGCGCUGGGUCAGUGCUCGCUCGCUGGGGCCUUCGCCUCCUACUACUGGGCUCUGAGGAAACCCCACGAUAUCCCAGCAUUCCCUCUGGCUGCGGCGUUCAGCCGGACCCUCAGGUAUCACAGCGGUUCUCUGGCGUUUGGAGCUCUGAUCCUCUCCAUCGUUCAGUUCACCCGGAUCCUGCUGGAGUACCUGGAUCACAAACUCAAAGGUACCCAUAAUGCCCUGGUACGUUUCCUGCUGUGCUGUCUGAAGUGCUGCUUGUGGUGCUUGGAACGUUUCAUCAGGUUCAUGAACAGGAACGCCUACAUCAUGAUAGCGAUAUACGGCAAGAACUUCUGCACCUCAGCGAGAGACGCCUUCCUACUGCUCAUGAGAAACGUGGUGAGGGUGGCCGUGCUGGACAAGGUCACUGAUUUCCUGCUGUUUUUGGGGAAGUUCCUGAUCUCAGGAAGUGUCGGUGCUCUAGCGUUCUAUAUCUUCACCCGUCAGAUCCCAGUGAUCCAGGAGAAGGUCCCAUCCCUGAAUUAUUACUGGGUUCCUGUGCUGGUGGUGAUUUUUGGCUCGUACCAGGUGGCUCAGGCGUUCUUUAACGUGUUCUCCGUGUGUGUGGACACGCUCUUCUUCUGCUUCUUGGUGGAUCUGGAGCAGAACGACGGCUCAGCAGCUCGACCGUACUACAUGAGCAGCACGCUGAAGUCCAUCCUCAACAAGAAGAACCAGGAAGGAACCGAGAAGAAGAAGAGGAGACGGUGCAUCUGAGAGCAGGAGGAUCCUCACCUCAAAUCUAUCAGACAAAUCCAGUCUGAUUUCAUCUGAACAAAUCAGCACCACCGACCAAUCAUCUUCAUUCUUACUGUAACGGCACCAAACAUGAUGAGAAUAAGUCAUUUCAUUUCAGAGUGGGUUUAAUGGUUUUGAUGGUUUUAAUGGUUUUAAUGGCUUGUUGUUGUUACUUUGGUUCCUUUUAAUUUACUGUGGCCCUUCCCUAAUAUCUUUGUCUGGACCAUUAGUCCAUCCCUCACUGCAUCUGAAUAACACUCCACACAAACGUUGAGGAUCUGAUGAUCUUCUGAUGUUCCUCAGUGGUUCCUCUGCAGUGUUUAGUUUUUUGAUUCAGGGAUGAAUUAUUUUUUAUCUCCUCGUUUGUGUUUUUAUUUUAAGGUUUUUUGUAUUUUUGGUUGAUAUUUUUUAUCUGAUUAUUUUAUCUAAGCUGCUUCUUUAUUGUCAUGAUGUUUUUUAUAUAAACGUUUUUAUAAGCCGCGUCGGACGACUUUACAGAAUCCAAAUAAAAAUAAAAAGCUUUAAUAUUCAAAACUUCUUUAUAUUUUAAUACCUACAGGAUUUUAUACUGUAAAUAAAUAAAACCAGUUUUAAAUAAA